AUGCAUCACAUUAAUGUCGAUGGGAUGAAGUUGGUCAGAGAAUUUGAUUUAAAUUCGGAUACUGAAGCAAGAGAACAAUUGAAAUCGAUCUUGAAGGAGAUCGAUUUCAUUCAUGUUCACUUUAACGAAAACGAAGGUGAAAAGUUAAAAAUCGCAAGAGAAGUAGCUCUUGCGAUUUAUAUGCCCAAACAAGCAAAAAGAAAAAGAAAUUCCGAAGAUAGUAAUAAUAAAAGGGCAAAACGUCAUUAA